CUUAUUUAAAAAAGUUUUAUCUAUCAAAUUUCCCAAAUUCAAUCUUUCUCAAAAUUAGCUGAAAAAGAUGAGUAACACAAUUUAUUAUGCUGCUGAAUUAAUGGUAUAUUUUGAGAAACACAAUUUUUUUGAUAUCUUAAGGGAACUUUUAGUAAGAUUAGUUAUAGACCGACCUCAUUCUUUAAAGCAUUAUGUGCGAAAAAAUCUUCACAAAAUUGCAAAUAAUAUUUUGACAAAGAAUACAUCAAUUCAUCUUCCACCUGGAGUAGAUGUAAGAGAAUUUGCCAAUAUAAUGUUAAAAACGUAUAACAUUCCAAUGAUAUUAUAUAACACAAAUACAAAAAAUGCAGAUAUAAAGAAAUUUGAAGAAAAAUUAUUGAAGUUUGAAAAUAUAUGCCAAAAAAACGGAAUUCGCAACAAAAUACUUUUGAAUUUCCCCAGUAGUUUUGAAGAAAGCCUACUGCUUCAGAAAUGUAACAUUAAAGUAACAAAUAUCAUAAAUUUAACAUCGCAAAAUCAGACAGAAAUUAAUUUAAAAGAGGUUUUGGAUUUCUACAGAAGCAUUACCAAACAAAUUUCUUUUUCAAAAUAUGAUGAUAUUGAUGGUCUAGCCGCUAAAAUCUUUCACAAAAUCAAAUAUUCUCCUAGUCCGAAAUCUAAUUUCGGGUUAGGAAAAAAUUUCGUCUACAGAGUUGUUAUUAUAGGAAGAAGAGGUUCUGGAAGACAAACUCAAGCAAAAAUGCUUGCUGUCAGAUACAAUUCCGUAUACAUUAAUGUUGAAUCUCAUAUUGAACAAAUCUUACACUCUAAAAAUGACAAUAUGGCUAAAGUGCUUUCUAUAUCGUAUAGUAAACAUAAACACUUUUCAAGUUCUGCUAUAACGGCUGCACUUUGGAAAAGACUUUUGGAGCCAGAUACUUUGUCCAGAGGAUGGAUCAUCGUUAAUUUCCCUAAAUCCAUUAAUGAACUAGAAAUUUUAGUUGAGAAAUUCCAAACUCCUCCAAAUAGAUUUGUAAUAUUACACUGUCCCAAAAGUAUAGCCUUACAAAGACUGGUUAAACAGUGGGAUGAAUCGAAAGACGGAUUCAAGCUAAAAAACACCAUCUCACGAGUAGAAAAAGAGUUCAGUGAAUAUGAUGAAAACAUAAGAGACAUGUAUACUUAUUUGAAGUCGACAAAAGUCAAAACGAUACAUGUAGACGGAAAAGGAUGCAGCCUUGCAAUAAAAAAUAAAAUAUUUGCAUUAUUGGAACGGUAAUAUAGACAAAAUUUAAGCAAGAA